UUCGUGCGCGUUCCCGGCUGAAGGCGAAUGCGGUAGGCGACGAGAAAACAAGCGGCGGCGGAGACGAGACGGACACGGCUCACCUCCACAUCACAAGACCUUAUUUUUGGAGCGGAAAUUUCACGCCCUGUCGGGUCGUGUUAUCAUUGGAGACGGUCGAGGAUAUUCACGGGCAGAAACAAUAGGAUGCAGUGUAGACUUGGCUGGUGACUGGUCUGCUGGCUCUCCACUUCUCUUGUCCCUGGAGUCAGCCAGUUGGGGGGCAGAUUCCUGCGUUCCCCUCCUCUCCGUCUGAGUCUUUGUCUGGACAAAACCAACCGCCUGCCACUGGAGUGCACAGCUCGUCCUCGCCCGUGUUGUCUGGAUCAGCACAGCUCAUCUCCUGACUGAGGAGAGCGAAGCAGCUGCACAAGAUUCACCUUCUACCAACUGAUCCCUCCCGGCCCUGCCCACACCUCCCCGUCACCAUGGUGCUGUCACAACGGCAACGAGAUGAACUAAAUCGAGCGAUAGCCGAUUAUCUACGUUCCAAUGGAUAUGAAGAGGCAUAUUCCACUUUCAAGAAGGAGGCGGAAUUAGAUAAUAAUGAAGAAUUGGAUAAGAAGUACGCUGGCCUUUUGGAAAAAAAAUGGACCUCAGUCAUCAGAUUACAAAAGAAGGUGAUGGAACUUGAAUCCAAACUGAAUGAAGCUAAAGAGGAGAUCACCCUGGGAGGGCCCGUCAGUCAGAAGCGCGACCCCAAAGAGUGGAUCCCUCGCCCGCCAGAAAGGUACGCGCUGAGUGGCCACCGCAGUCCAGUCACCCGCGUCAUCUUCCACCCAGUCUUCAGUCUCAUGGUGUCAGCUUCCGAGGACGCCACAAUAAAGGUGUGGGACUAUGAAACAGGAGACUUUGAACGCACACUGAAAGGCCACACAGAUUCCGUGCAGGACAUCUCUUUUGACCAGACCGGCAAACUGCUAGCAUCCUGCUCUGCAGACAUGACUAUCAAGCUGUGGGAUUUCCAAGGCUUUGAGUGCAUCAGGACCAUGCAUGGACAUGAUCACAAUGUUUCGUCUGUAGCCAUCAUGCCCAAUGGAGAUCACAUCGUUUCUGCUUCGAGGGACAAAACCAUAAAAAUGUGGGAGGUGGCAACUGGCUACUGUGUGAAGACCUUCACAGGCCACAGGGAGUGGGUCCGUAUGGUGCGGCCCAACCAGGACGGCACACUGAUUGCCAGCUGUUCCAAUGACCAGACAGUGCGCGUGUGGGUCGUGGCCUCCAAAGAGUGCAAGGCUGAAUUGCGGGAGCACGAACAUGUGGUGGAGUGCAUCUCCUGGGCACCAGAGAGCGCCUAUCCCACCAUCCUAGAAGCCACUGGCUCUGAGUCCAAGAAGAGUGGUAAGCCAGGCCCCUUCCUGCUGUCUGGCUCCAGAGACAAAACCAUCAAGAUGUGGGAUGUUAGCAUUGGCAUGUGCCUUAUGACACUGGUUGGCCACGACAACUGGGUGCGUGGGAUCCUCUUCCACCCUGGAGGAAAGUUCAUUGUGACCUGUGCAGAUGACAAGACCUUAAGGAUCUGGGACUACAAGAACAAGCGCUGCAUGAAAACCCUGUGUGCCCACGAACACUUUGUUACCUCUCUGGAUUUCCACAAGGCUGCUCCCUAUGUUGUCACCGGGAGCGUAGAUCAAACAGUAAAAGUGUGGGAGUGCCGCUGAUCUGGACCUUGGCAGAUUGGACCAGCACCCCAAUUACCCAGGCGCUCCUCUGGAUUCCUACUCCCCCACUCCUGCCAUCCCACCUCCCUUUUCAUCCCACCUCCCUCCCUCCACCCUCCUCACCUAACAUUAAACCUCACCCGCAAAUCUUCAUCUCCUCUGGCUGCACUUACCACCAUGGUUAUUUACCCAUCGCGCUCUCUGGUCCAAUAACUUUUGUCCUUCUAUGUAAAUUAUUCCUGGAUGUAGAUCGAGCUAUUAAAUGUUACACAAAAAAGUAUUCUUGCAUGGUAAUCCAAAAUUGUAUACUGUAAAUUUACAUAACGUUGUCUAGAAGUACCAUAGGUUUAACACGGGGCUGUCCGUCUGUCACGCAGCCUUACCGACCAACCGAAGGCAGAUGUUUUUGACUGGGUGUAAAAUGUAGGGCACUAAAAACCAAUAAUUUAAGAAAUGACAGUGUCUUUAUGUGUAAGAUUUAUUUUUGUCUAUUUUUUUAUUUAGGAUUUUUUUUUCUGUUAUUUCUCUCCUUCACUGUCGUAGUCUGUUGGUGCCUAGCUUGGUGAAACUUUCGAGAGAUAAGGCAGGAAAAGCAUAUAUGAUGCGAUAAGAUACGAUUGUCUGUGGGGCUUUGUUAUUGAAAUCUGUAGCUUUAUAACGUCACUUCUCAAGUGUGCAUACCAUUUCUCUUCAUGUGGAACUAGGUAAUAUUUUAAUGGCUGUAUAUACGAAUGUUUCAAACUGUUGUCCUUGGACCUCGGGGGCUUAAAAACAGCUUUGUACUCUUGUCAUGGUGGCACAUGAACCACUGCUAGGUUUUAGAUGAAUUAUCCCAUUUAAUGAAUCUGCAGCAAAGAGUAAAAAGUUGAAAUGUUUAAAAGCGGCUUCAUGAAUAAACGCAGAGUUUUUCAAUGGGGAGCCGCGAUGUAGUGAGCGAGUUUGUUUGGCUUUUGCUGUAAGUGAGUGCCCUUGGUCACAGCAGCACCUGAGCAGAGUUCAGGGAUUACACCUGUCUAAUCUCUAGCACUUGAUAAAGACCUUGGGUGUGUCUCCCUUUACGAGACAAUUUCCUCUGACCUUGCAUGUCAGAAAUUUGACAGACUAAACCCUCUGUCGACUUCCAGUCCCUUGACCAGUCAGUCUUGGCAGGGAUUGGUGCACCAUAGGAAUUAUGUAAAGUUGGAAGAUGCUCAGUUGAUCUAAGGUGCCUCUUAAAGCAACAAACGGAUGUCUCGUGUGAAAUAAGCCUGCUGAAGAGAAAACAUAAAGGCAUGACGAGGAGUCAAAGUGAGCCCCCUGGGUUGAUACCUGGGAUGUGCAAAGAUCUCUAAUUUCUGAGGGGUGAAAUAUAUGUUCUGCAUAAUAAAAAAUGGUUUUGAGUAAAAAAGUAAAAAAAAAAAAUCAGUUUUCUGUGAAAAUAUGAAAUGUAAAUUUAGCUUGUUAUUAAGAGAUUUGGCAAUUUUGUAUUAUCGCACUAAAGGAUGAACUGGAUGGGAAUUUAGAAUUAGUGAGGAAAUGCUAGCAGCAGACAUGUUAAGUGAUCUGUUGAUGCUGUUUUGUCUGUAGAGGGGUCUGACGCUGAGGUGUUGGUUUCAUUGUGAAGAGCUCCUCGCUUGUAAAAGAUGGCGGUGCAGCUCCCGGAUCAGAUAAUGGAGGGAGAAUGCUAAAGCCUGAGCAGCAAGGAUCCCUGCAGACAAAACCCCACAGACCGUCUCGCACAUAUGCAAACGUCUUCUGAGUGGCUUUCCUCAAAUGUUCAGCUUUUGAUUUUGGUGGAGCUGCAACUGUAAAAUGGGGCGAUUUUUCAGGACAGACUGGAAAACUGUAAACCAGUCCAUGCUGUAGAAACCAUUCCACUCCCUUUGGAGGAAAAAAAAAAUGAACCAUCUUGCUUCUAAAUGUAGCUGGCAAGGUGAUUCAUUAAUCUUGCACAUCCCUGUUUUCACUAAAUCUUUGGUCCAUUAAUGAUGAUCAAAGACAACAUUAAAAUUUAAUGAUGUUGAUAAAUGCAUAAACCUAUAAUUUCUGAUUAGCCUUUUCAUUCCAAUGCAGUUCUUGGCUAAUAAAGAAUUCCACUGCUUAACUGAUCUUCUUAGCUUCUUUGCCAAGUUUUCCUCUUCCUGUGUGUACUGGAUGUGGUGAUCUGCUGCUCAAGCUCCUGCUAGUGGCUACUGUGAGCCUAAUGUGACCUGUUGAUGUAGCACUGCUGCAUGUAAACCUGCACCAGAGGCAGAGCUGUCAGAACAGCCAUCUUUAAAAAAAAGUUAAUAUAUUGGAGCCUUAUCAUCAGAGAACAAUUGAAUUGAAUAAUGAGGUGAGAAACUGUGUGUAUUUAAAGUAGUUUGACAUUUUGGGAAAUACUCUUGUUUGCUCUGCUGCUGAGAGAUGAGAAUAUCAUACCACUCGUAUUUGUACUGUCAAUAUGAAGCUGCAGCUAAAACCACAACUGGAGGGUUAUCCAUUGGUCUCCCUAGCAACAAACGUGCAAUUACAACGUCAAGAUACUCUUUGUUUUUGUGUAAAUAGGAGUUAAGAAAAUGAUAGUACUAAACAAUCCUUCCAAGUGAGAUUAUUAAAGUUCUAAUAAUGAUAAUAAUAAUUCUUGGGUUUUUACUUUCAAAUACACCACGAUAGAAGUUCAUACGACAGCCGCUUGUAUUGGUUAAUAUUGCAUUCACGCAAUGAACGUGAAAAAAACACUUGUUUUUUCGACACGGGAGUGUUUAAAUGUUAUUCCAGGUUGUUUAGCCCGAGUGUUAACCUCACAGGUACACUAGAUAAACAGCCUUAAAUCGGCUAGUUUUGUUUCGAUCACAUAUAUCCAAAGGUUUGUCACCGAUUGAGUGGACUGUAGUACUACAGUCUAUUUUACAAUCUAUUUCUAGCCAUUGUGCCAACGGUUUGUUGACAUGUUAAGUUAUUUUCAUUAAGUAGAACAUAUUUCUGUUGUGUGACAUUCCUGAUAUUUCCCACUAGUAAUUACAAUGAAGAAGAUGUGGACGUUUUCUUUUUUUAUAGCUCAAAAUUACGGUUUAAAUAAUGUAACGAGAACGCGGCAUGAAUUUCAGUAACUUGUCGGUGUAUCUCUGGUUGCCCGGCAACUGCUCUCUGCCGUUGGACAGAGCCAAGCUAGCUGUUUCCGUCUGUUUCCAGUCAUUAUGCUAAGCUAAGCUAACCGCCUGCAAACAUGAGAUUGGUGUCCAUCUUCUCGUCUAACUCUCGGCAAGGAAGUGGACGGGUUUAUUUCCCAAAAUGCCAAUUACAUUACUGUGUCCUUGGUUGAGUUCAGGCAGCUCUGUACAAUGGUUGUAGAAAGGCUGGUUUUGUUGUGUGUGAUGCUAUUUGAAGGAGGUUUGUGGCCUCCUGUCUUCUGUAAAUGCAAUGGGAUUGUGGCAGACUAGGAUGUCCCAAAAGAGAAACCCUCUUUUUCAGGGAAUAUAACUAGUGUCUCCCUUUGGUGUGCGCCCUCCCCUUACAAAGGUUUUAUUUUUUUCUACAAGCUGUUUUCUCUUGGGUGGAGAAUCGGCUAAUUUUGUAGUACUUACUAUUUGGCAUGGCUAAUGAAGAUGCCAAUGUGUUAAAUGUUCUAGCUGAAGCCAAAAAUGGAGACAUUUGUCAGUACAAUCUGGUUUAUCUGGAGAAAUCAGCCUCUUGUUGGUCCAAUGCUGUGUGACCAACUUUUGAAAAAUGAUGCUUGUCUCCUCAGGAUCACGCUAUGACAUGCCAGACCAUUAAAAUGUAAAUUUAAAACUUCUUCCCUUCCUUGGUUUUACUCAAGGAAGGUGGUGAAUGAAAGGUCAGGACGAUGUGUGUUCUGUUUCUUUUGUAAGAAAAAGUAGACAAAAGCUACAACACAGCUGCUGGUGUUGUAUGCAGGCGUGCGCCCUGUUGAAGAAAAUCCCCUUUUGCCAUUCGCAGGUCCCAAGCAAUCCCUGUGCUGCUCUGGUCUGGUGUGUGAAGGGACUGACAGACAGGUUUUGACUGUCUGUGGGUCGUUUCCUCUGGCCUCAAGUCCACCUGUCCUCUGUAACCUGCCUGUGAACCACAUCUGAGGGCUUCAGACUGCACAACAAGCUCCCACAGGAGAGCUCAUGAUGUUUUCGCCACUAUGGUCUCACUCUUCACUCAGCAAACUGUUAACAAUAUACCUGGAUGUCAUUAUUGUUUGCAAUAUAAUAAAAGAAGUAAAAUCUG